AUGCAUUUAAAAAUAGCAUACAUUACUGUACCAAAAAAAGAGAGGAUACAUUGUAUUCACUGGCUGGCGUGGGAUAAGUUGGCUUGUCCGAAGAGGGAUGGAGGAUUAGGAUUUAGAGAUUUUUGGGCGUUUAAUUUGGCUAUGGUAGCUAAACAAGGAUGGAAACUGUUAUCCGAUCCUGUCUCCUUAGUUUCCAGAUUCUUCAAAGCAAGGUAUUUUCCUAAUUCCUCGUUUUUGAAUGCCAAUUUGGGUUCUAAUCCAAGCUUUAUGUGGAGAAGUCUCUGGAAAGCUAGGGAUGUUUUGUGUUUGGGCUGUAGGUGGAGUAUCGGUACCGGAAGUAAUAUCAAAGUUUUACAUGAUUCCUGGCUUUGGGGAAGUACAUAUUUUCGUGUCAGUGGCCUGUUCCUUGAAGGUGUGUACAACCUAACGGUUCAAGACCUCCUCUUACCCAAUAGUAAGCAAUGGAAUGUCGGUGUUGUCAACUCUUUAUUUGAACAAGUGGUGGCUGAUCAGAUUUUGAAUACUCCUUUGAUUGAGGAGGUAGUUGAUGAUGUUCUUAUUUGGAAUGAGGAGAGAAGUGGGGCCUAUAGUGUUCGUAUAGGUCGGGAGGAUAAGAAAGAUGCUGGGCGUUUUGCUAUGGUUGUAGAGAGUCUGUGGAAGAACCAGAAUAAUAUUGUUUGGAACAAUAAUAGGGAAGAUCUUGCGAGAAUUGGUAUCCAAGCUUAUUACAAUUGGUUUGAUUGGUUUAAUGCUCGGGAUGAUCUUGGUGUGAAUAUUGAUCCUCAGCUCCCUAUGGUUCGGAACCCCCCUGCUGUAGGAUGGUUGAAGUGUAAUGUCGACGCGGGUUUUAAUAAUUACCAUCAAACUACGAAUAGGGCGUGGUGGCUUCGUGAUAAUUUGGGGAGAUUUCUUGUUGCAGGUGUAGCUUGGGAUAAAGGUAUCACUUCACCUAUAGAAGCUGAAGCUUUGGCUCUGAAGGAGGCCAUCCAGACUGCUAUUACCAUGAACUUAAAUAAUGUGAUUUUCGAAAGUGAUUCCCAAGUGGUAAUUCAUGCUAUUAAUUCUACGGUUACUGGGAAGUCGGAGUUUAAUAUUAUUAUUACUGCUAUCCGGAGAUUGUUGAGUCUUGUUACAAACUUUGAGGUGAAGUUUAUUAAGCGCCAAGCGAAUAUGGUUGUCGACUCUUUAGUUAAGGCGGCCAAUUCUUGGUCUAGGCGUAGUUUCGUUAAUGUUGCACCUCCUUGUAUUGACAUUUAUUUGGUUAAUGAUAUGAAUUAA